UGAGGCGGAUUUCAGUUCAAUUUCGGUGGUCGUUUGAGACGGUUCGCAGUAAAUAGUCUCUGAACAGCAUCGUCAUAGAAAUAUUGACUCGAUUUUUUUUAUUUGACUUAGUCUGUUUUCUUUUCGUCCAGAACGAUGAAAAACUUAUUAACGUUAACGGCUGGUGCGUUUGUCGUUGUCUUUCUGCUGGCGGGGACAGAUGUGUGGCCUUGCCGUACUCACGCAGCGACCCUGUUAAACAAUCGUGGCGACAAAACUAAUGUAACGCUGGGAAUUGUUCAAGAAAAUGAGCUGUCUGGACAGAAACGCCAAUCCCCCGGAGAACCUGCUGGCCGGAAAUCGCCCCGUGAAUGGUACACUGAAGAAUAUUCGUUAAAAUCUCGCAAGAUCUUUCACUCUCACCAGAUCCUCUACGGGCCUCUGUGGCAAUUGCACUUGAAGGUUCCAAACCCACAGUCUAAGCACGACACUUCUGUAGAUCUCGGCCAAGUCUUGAAACACUUUAAAUCGCCCAGAAUAUCUCUGCCAGAUCCCUUUAAAAGGAAUUUCCCUGGACCUGAACGGUUCGAGCAAAUGCACCUCAUGCGCAACGAGAUUUCCCAUCAGAGUUACUCGGUGAAAUGUUUCGAGUCGGACAAGAAAGUCCUGAUUAUCGUGGCCGAAUACCUGGAUGGCGGUAUUAAUAGCCCAGUGAGCGUUGCAUCUGGCGGAAGUUGGCAAAGAAGCCGAACUACCGCAAGUCCUAGUAUAAGAAACAAGCAGACGUUGAAAUCAGCCAUCACCUCGGCUCUGGACAAUAAAUCAAGUCCAUCCACAUCGAGUGCAAGUGAUUACCAUUGCGGGGUCAAAGAUUCCCGCGAUAAAACCAGGAAAAUUCCCUAAACUGAAUGCGAACAUAUAGGCAGUGGCGGACAACAAAUCCCGACUAAUAUGCAUUUACAAUACAUUUAAACCGGAAAUGACAAACUAUAAUGGGCUUCAAUUUCACUUCAUUGUUGUCGUUGAUUCAUAUUUUUGUUUUUGUACAAAACGAAUAUAGCGCCGUUUUGCCAUCAG